AUGGAUCUCAAUCCUCAUCUCAACUAUAGAGCGAGUGGACAUAGGCUUGGUCAGACGACAUACUUCAACUGUCCACCUGGAUUUUUCUUGAAAGGUUCAGCAAAUAUCACCUGUCUUCCUUCAGGAGACUGGUCGAAUUCGCCACCGGAUUGCAUCAUGGUUAAGUGUCCGCCAAUCAGCGUAGACGAUUCCAGGUUGAUCAUGGUUGAGUACAACGACACGUACGGCAAACGAGCAGCAUUCAAAUGUGCUUGGGGCUUUCAAAUGUCAGGUGUCAAUUCGAUUGAGUGCUUGGCGGAUUCCACGUGGUCGCAUCGAAUACCUACGUGCACGGAAAUUCUGUGUCCACCCCCGGUUGUGCCACUCAACGGUCUCCUGAUCGAAGAUUCAGCACCGGGACGUCAUGUCGUCGGUUCCGUGGUACAGUUUUCUUGCGGAGAAAAACAUCAGCUUAUCGGAAAACCCAGCAUGGUGUGCACAGAAAAUGGCACUUGGUCACACUCCACGCCAUACUGCAAAGCCAGAUGCGAAUACCCGGGCGAGCCGCCCAACGGACGUAUCAUACCUCUGAAGUUCUGGUACGUGCCAGGCGAUAAGUUGAAGAUCACAUGCCUGUCAGGUUAUGUCCUGCCACUGCCACUGGAAGCCAGCCCACCUGUUUGCCUCGGCGACGGCACGUGGUCGCACACGCUGCCCGAAUGCAUACAGUACACAAACGUGUGA